AUGCUGAAAAAAGUCUUUAACAUCGUUAUCAUUUUUGCCGUCUUCAGUUUGGCAUGUUUUGUUAUGCUUCUAUUCUACAGCAAAGACAGCACUUUAUUUCUUUUUGCAAAACCAUAUCGCGUGACAAUUGGAAACAAUACACUUUCCCAGUGGAUAAAAGAACUUGUUCAGCUGAAGACUAAAGCACCAAAUGGCAGUCAAGAAGAGAAACAGAUGUCACCUACUACACACAAGCCUUUGGGACCUUGCCCUGACAUCCCUCCAAAUCUUGUGGGUCCAAUCCAUGUGGAGUUUAAGUCUAGCCGGACUUUGGAUGAGGUGAAAAAGGAGGUCGGUUCUCCUCUUCAGGAAGGAGGAUGGUUCAAACCACCACACUGUAUUGCAGAACAGAAGGUGGCGAUCAUCAUCCCAUUCCGGAAUCGGCAUGAGCACCUUAAGCACUGGCUGUAUUACCUCCAUCCUAUAUUGAUGCGUCAGCAGUUGGACUACAGAGUGUAUGUCAUCAACCAGGAUGGAGAUGGAGUCUUCAACCGGGCUAAACUGAUGAAUGCAGGAUACGUUGAAGCACUGAAGGAAUAUGAUUUUGAUUGCUUUGUCUUCUCUGAUGUAGAUCUGGUUCCUAUGGAUGACCGUAACCUCUAUAGAUGUUUUGACAAUCCCAGACACUUGGCUGUGGCUAUGGACAAAUUUAACUUCCACUUACCCUAUAACACUUUCUUUGGUGGGGUUUCUGCAUUGUCCAAGAAGCAAUACUUGAAGAUUAAUGGCUUCUCAAAUACUUACUGGGGCUGGGGUGGUGAAGACGACGAUAUUUAUAAGCGAAUUAUUUAUCGUGGAAUGUCCAUUUCUCGACCUGACUCUGUAACUGGAAAAUACAAGAUGGUCAAACAUAAGAGAGACUUGCACAAUGAACCCAAUCCAGAAAAUCCUGGCAAACUGAGGAAAACCCAUUUGACCAUGGAUAACGAUGGGAUUAAUUCCUUAAACUACACAGUCAAGGAGAUUGUGAAGGAUAAACUGUACACUUAUAUCACUGUCAAUAUUUGGGCUGUGACAGGCUGA